GAGAGCAUGAAAUCUAGUAAACAUUCGAUUUACACAUAUAUAUGUAUAACAAUUUUUUCUCUUAUCACGGGUUGUGUUUAAAAUCGUGUUUUGUUUAUAUUUAUUUUUAUUUGUUUUGAGUUGACAUUCACGUGUUUAUUGUAAUUUAGGGUUCAAAUGUGAUUUUCAUAGAUGUUUUUGGAUAAAAAAGUUUCCACAAGGAAAAAGUGCGUUAGAAGACAUUGACGUGUAAGUAAAAAAUGACCUGAUUUUAUAUUGGCCUAUUAAGAAGAAUAAAACUACAAAACAUAUAAGCCCACAAUAACCCAUAAAACCAGAUAGUGUUGACAUCGACGAAGGCUCUGCAAAUAGUUCUGAUAUCAAAAAUUAAAAUAAAAAAAAAGAACGCACCGAGUCGCGUACACAGUCGAUGAUGACUCGUUUAUUUAACUGAUUCUGCAUUGCACAAUCUAAUUCGACACGUUUUCUUUGUCAUGAUAAGACUGGUGUGCACACUUGCAAUUUGUGUGUACACUUGAACUUGAUUUUCAUUUUAUACAAUAAAAUGAAACGGAGAAUUAACGCGAACGUUGCCUUUUCGUUACAGUUUGACGGCGAAAAAAAUCCCAUCUUAUCGAAAUCGUAUCAUGUAUUGAUUUCUAAUCAAAAUGCUUGUGUUGUGCGAAUCCCGUUGAUUUGGCAAAAAUAUUUUAUCGUCUAAAACAAUUGACUGGAAAUUGAAUUCCUAUCGCCGUUGUCUUGCCACUUCAACGACAAUAUAUCAUCGAGAUAGGAUUUGUGAUAAUUUUUUUUCCGCUUGUCGUCAUUAGAAAGGCAAACGGAUGUAUAUUUAGAAAUGAUUCUGACAAGCUGCUCUGUUCAUAUACAUUGUUUAUCGUGAGCGCCACGUAUAUAUAUAAAUGAACUACUCGAUAGCUGUCGUAAUAAAUUUUGUUACAUAUAUGUGCGUAUAAUGCAGGGACAGCACAGAAUUCACUAGAAAAGAAAAAAAAUAGUUGGAUUUGUCUUUGACUAAUUGCGCCGCAUGGGAUUCACAUCAAGCCUUUAAUUGAGCGAACGGGAGAAAUGCGAUGCUAGGCGUCAGUUGACUUGAACUUGUGUUGCUUCUUCGAUGCGACUCCUUCAAUCGGUUUUUCCAACACGUUUUUGAGGGCAGCCGGGUGGCGAUGGCGACAACGGUACCAGUGACGGCGGCAUCUUUUUAGUUUUCAUUUUUUGAACGCAAAUUACAUUCAACAUUUUCCAUCACUUUCAUUUGCGUUGACCGUCGCAGUUUCUAAUGCCAUCCAAGCUAAUUGUGAUGAUCUUAUGAACUAUGCAUGAUUAGUGAUCACACAAUUUCUCGGCUAGUCUUUUUUCCUAAUCAAAGUCUCAAAGUUUGUUUACUUGAUUGAAAUGGUGUAUUUCCGUUUCGCAUGAAUAAAAAAUUGUUAACAGUUUGGAUUUUGCGCCGAAGAAAAAACAAACGAUGAAAAAGGCAUCAGAAAAAAACACAGACAGAUCUGAGUGAAGUGUUCGUUCUCGCAGAGAUGAAAGCGCCAGUAAGCAGUAUCGUGCGUAUGAAGCAUCGUAUGUUGAUUAGCGGCGAUUAUUUUUCCUCUUAUUUACGGCAUAACAUGACCCGUGCGGCUGUCACGCUUGUGUGACAAAUUCCCACAAAAAGUAAUGCCGAUAACGAUUGUAAAAGAGACGAGAAAAAAGAGCACAGCACACACAUGUACAAAGAGAGAAACGUAGAAUCGAAAGACAGAAAAAAAAGUGUCGCAGCACUUGGUGUGUGUGAUUGUUUCAGUUGUUUAUUGUGUAUACAGCGAGAGCAGUGGCUUUUCAAUAAAACUCACCAACCGUUCUGUCACCAGAUGCAUUAGCAACGUGAUAUUUUAAGCGUCAACUUCGCUCUUACUCUCCGGUACUUUGUGUUCGUUAUAAAUUUCGUGAGCUUUUCACAGUGGAAACAAGUUCAACAAGUAACAAGUAACGCGUAUUCAAAUUAGUUUUUUCGGUGUUCCGUGAAGCAAGCAAGCAAACACAUACAUUACAUUCACACGAAUCUCGAAUAACCCAGCACCAAAAGCAAUACACACGCCGAUUUUUUUUUACUCUCAUUCUUCUGAGCAAAAAUUGCAUUGAAUACAACACUAAAAAAAACACAUCCAACGACGACUACAAGUGCAAUCGUAACUGUGUUUACCUCUUCUGUUUUGCCAUUAAGUAUACAUUCGUUCGUGUGCUAGCUCCGCGCGCCCGCUACACUUUUCAUUUUAUCUGCUGCGACUGAGUUUGUUUGAUUGUUGUUGUACCAUUCAACAUCCGCACUAUUUUCUGGCCGUCGUCAACCUGAUCACAAACCGUACGAAUUUAUCAAUCUAGUUAUUUACGACUACACAAAUCAAUUCAACAAAAUGCCUGAAUUACUUUACUUUGGAGGAAUCGAAGGUGGUGCAACUCACUCAAAAGCCGUGAUAUGCGACCGAUUUGGAUCGAUUAUUUCAAAAGUGGCUGGACCAAGUACAAAUCAUUGGGUUUGCGGUAUUCCAGAAGUAGCACGCCGUAUUGCUGAUAUGAUUGAAUCGGCAAAAAAACAAGCCAACAUCGAUAUUGACCUAAAACUUCAAUCACUUGGCUUGAGCUUGAGCGGUUGCGAACAGGAUGCCACAAACAAAGUCUUGGAAAAUGAACUAUUGGACAAGUAUCCAAAUCUGUCAAAGUCAUACUAUGUGUGCAGCGAUACGAUGGGCAGCAUCUUCACUGCAUCGCCACUCGGCGGAAUGGUUCUCAUCGCUGGAACUGGCUCAAAUGCAUUGCUUCGUAAUCCUGAUGGUUCCACCUAUACUUGCGGUGGCUGGGGAGCCUUUUUGGCUGACGAAGGAGCAGCAUUCCGUAUUGCUCACAAAGCCGUCAAAACUGUGUUCGAUCACGAAGAUAAACUCAUCUUAAGCCCAUACGAUACAUCGGCCACAUGGGAACAAAUUAAGAAGCACUUCAACAUUGAAACCCGUUACGAUCUACUCGACCACUGUUAUGCCAAAUUCGAUAAAGCCUUUUUUGCCAGUAUGUGUGAGAAGCUGUCACAUUUGGCCAGUGCCGGAGAUGAGCUCUGUUUGCAUCUGUUCGAAGACGCUGGUAUUUCCUUGGCCAAAGCUACAAUGGCAUUGUUACCAAAUGUCAGUGAUCAACUCUUGACCAAAAACAACUUGAACAUCGUUUGUGUUGGCUCCGUUUGGAAGAGUUGGACCUUAUUGCAGAAUGGAUUCAAAACUGAAAUUGCUAAGGCAACCAACAAAUUUGGAUUGAACUUGAUCACACUAACUCAGGCAAUGGCAAUUGGAGCUGCUUACCUUGCAGCUGAUUCCAUCAAUUACGAUCUGCCACGAGACUAUUCACACAACUACAACAUUUUCCAACACAUCCCACCAAAUGAUGGCAGCAAGACUAAUGGUACACACACUAAUGGAACAUAUACCAAUGGCAACGGUGUAGCAGCCAAGAAAAUCCAAACCAACGGCAAUGGCAGCUUGUCGAAUGGAAAAUACACAAAUGGCACAUCGAAUGGCACUUCAAACGGCACUACUAACGGAACUAGCAAUGGAUCUACUUAUGGAAAGUCAAACGGAACAUCCAAUGGAAUGAGUAAUGGAGCCUCAAAUGGUGGCACCCCAAAUGGAAAAUACACAAACGGAAUUCAAGCAAAGAAAGGACUUAAAACCAGAGCCAAUGCAUCACCAAGUACAAUCCUUGUUCAAGAUGGAUAGACACCACUUGCAAAGGAGAGAGAUUACGAGAAAUUGAACCAUUUUAACAAUUUGUAAAUGUCGAAAGCUACUUUUUUGUCUUUUUUUUAAAACUACUGAAUUUUAUUGUACAUUGAGAUAUGAGAUUUAGAUUUUAAGAUGGAAAUUUAUCGUUGGAUGUUGCACAUCGAUCGCCUGUAUAUUUUAAGAAUCUUUUUUUUUUAUAAACACUUUAGAUUUUACAAUUUACUUGAGUUUUAGUUAAGUAUUGCGAAGAUCGGAUUUUCUGAAAAAUUGUAAACUGAAUCAUUCAAAAUAAAUGCGAUUAAAGUCAA